UGCAAUUAAAAUAUGGCAACAAGAAGGACAUGAUCAAUAUGAAUGCGCAAAUCUUGUAGCUUAUAUGCGAGCAUUUCGAGAAAAAAAAACUGGAUUCGAUUUGCCAUAUUGUUUCAAAAAUGAUACUCCUUUGUUAUGGUAG